CCGUACGCAAGGACGAGGAGAACCCGGUUGAAGUUUGGAGCAACGUCGACGUCGCGUCGCGGAGCCGUUCGAGCGCGCACGUGUUACCGUAGCAUCGCGAGGAGGCCGGGCGAGGGAGUGUUUUCGUCGUUCUCGACGCCGUGCCGGAAUUGGAGUCGCUGGUUGAGGAUCUUGUCGUCGACUGUUAGUAUUUCAGCUCGUACGCGACGUAGGAGCAUCGGAUUUCGACGAGAUUUGGUUCGUUGGAACCGGGACUUCGAGACGAAGAUUCUGAGCCCAAGAUCGCGAUUUUUGGAGCAGGUUCCAGCGUCGACGUUUCGUAUUCUGGCCCAUUCUCUGCGCAGGAGCGUCGAAAUUCAGCGAAACCUGGGCCAUUGGAUUCGUGACUUCGAGAUGAAGCUUCAGGACCCUUGUUUGCUGAAUUUGGAUAAGGUUAGCUUGGUUGGAUUUAACGUUUUCUUCGCUGCCAGGAGUUGCUUGAGAGGCAAGAGGGAGCUCGGAUUCGUCGCCGACGUCGCGCCGCGGAGCCGUUCGAGCAUACUUCCGUCGUCGUGUUGCUGCGAGGAGGUCGGGCGAGUUGUUUUUUUCGCCAUCUUUGACGUCGUGUUGCUUCAAG